AUGCAAACGGGAGGCGAUCCACUUGUGAUUUCUAGAUUGUUGCCCUAUCUUGAACCAGGAAGACCACGAGGGCAAACGACGUCCGAGAAACGCCAUGUCGUCAUCAGGAAGCUGCUCGCUCUUAUUAACCUGAGAAAAAAAGCAAUGGAAAAUGGUGUAGCCCGCUUGUAUUCCAAGUACGCACAUCUUCGGCACACCGAUGAUGAUGGUAACAUAGUGCUCCCGGAUUUCCUUAUGCUGCUGUACAAGAUCGUCAACGAUCGCCUUUUGGAACAUCUUAAGCACAUGCUGUCGUCAAUCUACGAUGCGCCGUCACCAAUGCGAAUCGAGCGAACAGUUCGCGAUCUUACAGCCAUCGGACAAGCGAUGUUGGAGAAACACAGUCGGCAACAGAUAGGACAAGGGCCGACAACGGUACAAGGUCGGAACAGAGUUCAUCGUGCCGACACGAGAGGAUUCGUGUAA